UUCCUUGUGAAUGAUAUGAAGAAUGCUACUUUUUUUUCCUUGUGAUGAUUCUUCUUAUCUUAUGGAACUUCUAAUUGAUAUGGUUCACAUCACAUUAUAUGAUAAAUCUCUUCGUCUGAGGGAAGCAGAAAGAGGUUCAUAUGGACCGUGUGAGGUUUAUUACUAUCAGUAGAUGGUGGAGAGGGCCCUGGGGACUGAAGAAGAGUGUGGAAGCAGUGGCAGUUGGAGUUGUUUUAGUUGGUGCUCUUUCAAUCUUCUUGGGCCUUGGAACACAAGAUAAAUCAAGUAGUGCUUGUCAAUUUCCAGCAAUCUACAACUUUGGUGAUUCAAAUUCCGACACGGGUGGUUUUCGGCUUCCUACCCCCUAUGGAAAUACCUUCUUUGGUAAACCUGUAGGCAGGUUCUCAGAUGGGCGUCUCAUCAUCGAUUUUAUAGCUCAUAGGUUGUGUCUCCCAUUUCUUAGUGCUUAUCUGGAUUCUCUCGGAUCAAAUUUCCAUCAUGGAGCAAGUUUCGCAACCGGAGGAUCUACAAUUCAGCCAUUAGAUGGCAGGAUGUUUGAAGCAAGAUAUAGCCCCAUCUCUCUUAACCUACAGCUUUCACAAUUUGCGCAGUUCAAAGCACGUGUAAAUGAGGUUUUCACUGAAGAUAAAAGGACCAGCCUCCCAAGACCAAGAGAUUUCUCCAAGGCCUUGUACACAUUAGACAUUGGACAAAACGAUCUUCAUGCUGGAUUAAGGUUGAAGACUAUGGACGAAGUUAGCUUUGACAAUAGAGGUAAUGAUUAUUUAUUACCUUCUCUAGUCAAUCAUACACCUCAUUCUUCUGUCACCAGCUUAUCUAUAUCAUAUGUAGCACUAUAUCUACUACAUAUGAUUAUGGAGCCACAUUCCUCAAAAACACUAGUUCUCACUAUUUUGGUGUCACUCUCACUGAGCUUAGCACCAUGCUUGGCUUUGGCCUCAACUUCGUGCAAAUUUCCAGCUAUAUUCAACUUUGGUGACUCAAACUCCGACACUGGUGGCUUGUCUGCGGUUUUCGGCCAGGCUCGCUCGCCCCAUGGAGAGUCCUACUUCCACGGCCCAGCAGGUCGUUACUGCGAUGGCCGUCUUGUCAUUGAUUUUAUAGCUAAGAGCUUCGGAUUGCCAUUUCUUAGCGCAUAUCUUGAUUCUGUGGGGAGCAACUUCAGCCAUGGAGCCAACUUUGCCACGGCUGGCUCAACCAUCAGACCCCAGAACACAACUCUUCGCCAGAGUGGUUUCAGCCCCAUCUCACUGGACGUUCAAUACAAUGAGUUCUAUGAUUUUCAUCCAAGAUCCCAAGUUGCUCGAAAUCGAGGUGGGGUUUUUAAACAACUCAUGCCUAAAGCACAAGAUUUCUCUCGUGCAUUGUACACCUUUGAUAUUGGCCAGAACGAUUUAACGGCCGGUUUGUUCUUGAACAUGUCCACUACCCAAGUAAAAGCUUAUGUUCCUGAUGUCCUAAAUCAGUUCAAAAACAUUGUCAAGAACAUAUAUGGUCAAGGAGGUAGAUAUUUCUGGAUACACAAUACAGGUCCCAUUGGUUGUCUUCCAUACGUUUUGGACCGCCUACCUGUAUUAGCCGCUCAGGUAGACAACGCCGGAUGUGCCAUACCUUACAAUAAAGUUGCUCAAUUUUUCAACCGUGGAUUAAAACAGGCUGUGUUCCAAUUAAGAAAAGAUCUGCCAUUGGCUGCAAUCACAUAUGUUGAUGUUUACUCAGCCAAAUACUCCCUCAUUAGCCAACCCGAAAAGCAUGGAUUUAAGGAACCAGUAAGAGCAUGUUGUGGUCAUGGUGGGAAGUACAAUUAUAACUUGCACAUUGGAUGUGGAGGAAAGGCUAAGGUUCAUGGCAAAGUAAAAUUGGUUGGAAAGGCAUGCCAAGACCCAUCUCUCUGGGUGAAUUGGGAUGGUGUGCAUUACACUCAAGCAGCUAACAAAAGGGUGUUUGAUCAGAUUGUAGAUGGUUCAUUUUCAGACCCACCAAUUCCAUUGAAAAGGGCUUGCCAUAGGCAGCAAGCUCAUUAGAUCACAUGUGACCCUUUGCUGUACUCAAAUAAAAUAUGUUGAGGCCAUUAGAAUCUU